AAUGCUCGCGAGAAUUUACGAGAGGAUAAGUUGAGGGAACAUGGCGACGUCUAAUUUGCUAAAGAACAAAGGCUCCCUUCAAUUUGAAGAUAAAUGGGACUUGAUGCGUCCCAUAGUACUAAAGCUCCUACGGCAGGAGUCCGUCACCAAACAACAGUGGUUUGACUUGUUUUCAGACGUCCAUGCUGUAUGCUUAUGGGACGACAAAGGACCAGCAAAGAUACACCAGGCCCUCAAAGAGGACAUCCUAGAUUUUAUCAAACAAGCACAAGCACGGGUGUUGAGUCACCAAGAUGACACAGCAUUGCUAAAGGCUUACAUUGUGGAGUGGAGGAAGUUCUUCACACAGUGUGACAUCUUGCCCAAGCCUUUUUGCCAGCUGGAGAUCACUCUGAUGGGAAAGCAAGGAAGCAGCAAAAAAUCUAACAUGGAGGACAGCAUCGUUCGCAAGUUAAUGUUGGAUACAUGGAAUGAGUCCAUCUUCUCCAACAUUAAAAACAGGCUCCAGGAUAGCGCCAUGAAGCUUGUGCAUGCUGAGAGGCUGGGAGAGGCCUUUGACUCUCAGCUGGUCAUCGGGGUGCGGGAGUCCUACGUGAACCUGUGCUCCAACCCUGAUGACAAGCUGCAGAUUUACCGGGACAACUUUGAGAAAGCAUACAUGGAUUCUACUGAGAGGUUCUAUAGAACUCAGGCACCUGCCUACCUCCAGCAAAAUGGGGUUCAAAACUAUAUGAAAUAUGCUGAUUCAAAGCUGAGGGAGGAGGAGAAACGUGCGCUGCGAUACCUGGAGACAAGGCGUGACUGUAACUCUGUACAAGCAUUAAUGGAGUGUUGUGUCAAUGCACUGGUAACGUCAUUUAAGGAGACCAUCUUAGCUGAGUGUCCAGGCAUGAUCAAACGAAAUGAGACAGAGAGUGAGUACGGCAGGACUGCUCCCACCAAGGGCUCAGCCAGCUCAGAGUUGCAUCUGAUGUUCUCGCUCAUGGACAAAGUACCUAGCGGUAUCGAGCCCAUGCUGAAGGACUUGGAGGAGCACAUCAUGAGCGCUGGCCUGGCUGACAUGGUGGCGUCAGCUGAGACAAUCACCUCUGAUUCAGAGAAAUAUGUGGAGCAGCUCCUGACCUUGUUCAACCGCUUUAGUCGUCUGGUAAAAGAAGCCUUUCAGGACGACCCGCGCUUCCUGACAGCUAGAGACAAAGCGUACAAAGCUGUUGUGAAUGAUGCUACUAUAUUCAAAUUAGAGCUUCCUAUGAAACAGAAAGGGGUAGGUCUGAAAACACAACCAGAGUCCAAGUGUCCAGAGCUGCUGGCCAACUACUGUGACAUGCUCUUGAGGAAGACUCCACUUAGCAAAAAGCUCACCUCUGAAGAAAUAGAGGCCAAGCUCAAAGAAGUGCUGCUUGUCCUGAAGUAUGUCCAGAACAAAGAUGUGUUCAUGCGCUACCACAAAGCCCAUCUAACCCGCCGGCUCAUCCUGGACAUCUCUGCUGACAGUGAGAUAGAAGAGAACAUGGUGGAGUGGCUCAGGGAAGUAGGGAUGCCAGCUGACUAUGUCAAUAAACUGGCGAGAAUGUUUCAAGAUAUCAAGGUGUCAGAGGACCUCAACCAGUCAUUUAAGGAAAUGCAUAAACAUAACAAACUUGCUUUACCAGCCGACUCUGUCAACAUUAAGAUCCUGAAUGCUGGCGCCUGGUCGAGGAGCAGCGAGAAGGUUUUCGUUUCUCUUCCUACAGAACUGGAGGAUUUGAUACCAGAGGUAGAAGACUUCUAUAAAAAGAACCACAGCGGCAGGAAGCUUCACUGGCAUCACCUCAUGUCUAACGGCAUUAUAACAUUUAAGAAUGAAGUCGGCCAGUAUGACCUGGAGGUGACCACCUUUCAGCUUGCUGUGUUGUUUGCCUGGAACCAGAGACCGAGGGAGAGGAUCAGUUUUGAAAACCUCAAAUUAGCCACUGAACUACCGGACGCAGAGCUACGACGCACACUCUGGUCUCUGGUGGCAUUUCCCAAACUCAAGCGGCAGGUAUUAUUGUAUGACCCAGGGGUGUCUUCACCCAAAGACUUUGCAGAGGGAACGCUGUUCUUCGUCAACCAGGACUUUUCUCUCAUAAAAAACUCAAAGGUUCAGAAACGGGGGAAGAUUAAUCUGAUUGGUCGGCUGCAACUCACCACAGAGCGAAUGAGAGAGGAGGAGAAUGAGGGCAUUGUCCAGCUCAGGAUACUAAGAACACAGGAGGCCAUAAUCCAGAUCAUGAAGAUGAGAAAGCGCAUUAACAACGCCCAGCUGCAGACAGAGCUGGUAGAGAUUCUAAAGAACAUGUUUUUACCACAGAAGAAGAUGAUUAAAGAGCAAAUCGAAUGGCUGAUAGAUCACAAGUACAUAAAGCGGGAUGAGACUGAUAUAAACACUUUCAUCUACAUGGCAUAGCACAGCACAAUACUGCACAGCACACAAGGAUGACUUGUCCUGACUGGUUACAGUGGAUCAGGCCUGAUGAACACUAGAAUACUUCCAGGCUCCCAGUCCUCUAUAAAAUAAAUCCAGACUUGUGCAGGAAGGCAUGAAUUUAAGAUUAAGACCUAUUUUUAGAAAGUGGAACUUCCUGCAUUAAAGUUGUACAAAGAAAAAAAGAAGCUGCAGUUGGAGUCUGCACCAGGUGGUUGUAACUGUUUUUAGUUGGAGGGGUUUUCUUUGCUGUUCAGAUGAAGUUAGUAAUCGUUCUUGGUCUGUUUUUGAUGCCAUGGUGUGUCAUCUGGGCAGCUACAUCAACACUCCUGUUCAAUGCUUGUGCAAGUCCACAGACGUGUUGACAGGAAACGCCGAAGCACUUUGGAUAUCCACUGUCUGCAGUCCUGUUUUAUUAUACAUCAAGUCCAGACCAUCUGAAUCUCCACUCAAUGGCAAAGCUGCUUUAACCAAUGAGUUGGUUUAUCGUGAAGACUCUGAUGCUGUCGUGACUCUCUACAGUCGAAGCUAAAGUGAUCAAGAACUAAAUCCAGACGCCCCAGUUGUAUAAAGAGCCAGAUAAGCACUUCAUAGUUUACAGACUGAAGCAGACAGCAAAGCAGAGUCGAUUCCACAACAGAAUGUGGGGGGG